GUAACAUAUUUACAAAAGAUGGCUUUAGCUGUUCAUAACAAGCGGGAACUUCCUUUUCCAAAAUCUUCAUCCUGUCAGCUGUUUACAAGAUCAGUGUAUCAAAAUAUGAAGAAGACAGCUUCAUCAAUCUCGCUUCUUAUUCUUGUUCUCAUAUUUGCAAUCGUCAUGGCCGACGCUUGUGCUCCUUCACCCUCUUCUGCUCCUCCUCCGGAACCUCCUGCUUACAUCGUUUACACUUUGAAGCCGGAAAAUGAGGAGCCUAAGGCCUAUCACAUCCGAAUCCUAACCGCGGUCCUUGGCAGUGAGGAGGCUGCCGAGAAGGCUCUAGUUUACAGUUACAAGAUUAUCCCUGGAUUCUCUGCUAAGCUCACUCCAGAACAGGUCACCGAAAUCCAGAAACAACCUGGGGUUCUUCAGGUCCAACCAAACAGGACAUACAAACUACUGGAUUCAGGACCUCAGAUCUUACCAAGGAUUAAUCUGAAGCUGCAUUAGAUGGAACUUAGCUCCAUACGAUAUGAUAAUAUUCUUACCAUUAAUGUAACCAAAGAAUAAUUGCAAGUUUGCAAGCACCAAUAUAUCCCUAAUCAAAUGUUAUAAUUAUAGCAGAGC